CGGUCUUGUGUUAUACGGCGUUAUCCUACAAAAAAACAAAGCCGCCUCUUCCAUAUAUAUAUUCAUGAGGAAGUCAGAAUAAACUUGGAAUAAAGUACUUGGUGAUGACUUUAACUCCCGCAUUCAAUUUAACAGAGUACUACAAAUUUCUUUUCAAAGUGCACUAUUGGAAGUGUACAGAUGAAAUACCACAUUGUAACAUCUCAAAUAUCAGUAAUGAAACAAUCAAUUAUAAUACGACAACUUGGAGGGACACCGGAUUUUGGCUAAUUUCAACUAUCAGAGAAUCUGCAAAACGAUUUUCGCUUUUUCCGCCGCCUCCGACACCAUCAAUUAGCAAACUUAAACCAGAGAUUAUUGAUCCGUGUGGAGAACCAGUAGAAUGGGAAUAUGAAUGGAAGAUUCGACCACUCGUCCUUUCAGUUUAUAUUUUGCUACUAUUUUUUUCGAUUUUCAUUUGUUUAGUGGUUUAUAGAAUUGUCAAACGAUGCCUUAAACAUGGAGAAAAGUUUGAAAGAAAUGCAAAUACUAGUGCACUAGACAAAAAUAAUGAGUUAGUAGAUGACCAGGAACAUACUGACGAUGAACUUGCAGCAUUUAAGCCAACACACACGUUAGACCACAGUAAUAUUACAGAGGACUCAAAGUCUCAUAUUGAAGAAUUGGAACGGGUAAAAUCUCAAAUAUCUGUGACAAACGAUAGAAUAUUAUUGCAGUAUCAAGUCUUUACAAAAGUCUCAAACCACGUUAAUCCUAAACCUAGACAAGUACCUGUUCUAACAUUCCUGAAACAUACUACUGAUUACCUGUUUUCUAUGAUGGAUAAGCUCUUAUUGGAUAAUAGACAAAGCCCAAGUAGGAGUUCACCUACUCGUUCUGUUUCUGAUCUUGGAUUUGGUCCUACAUACAAUACUUUGAAUUCUACACCAAGAAGACCACUGCGUAGGUCAAUGAAUAGAUCUCGCGGCAGUUCACCUCAUCUUCAAGAGCAAGACGACCAAUCGACAGAUCCUUUAGAGAAGAGAGCGUGGGAGGAACUGAUUCAAAAUAUUGCAAUGAAUAAUCAUGUGGCUGUUGAUUUUGAUGUUGAUCUGAAUAUGUCGAUUUCCGGAGAACCUUCAACCAGAAAACUUCUUCAGUUCUUUUUGAAUCAAGGUUCUAUAAAAAUGGAACAGCUUCAGGUUGCAAAUCUUAUUGUAAAUUAUAGCCUGUAUCUUGUAUCUAAGGAAAUAGAAGCAAAUUCGUCUGUAGGCGGACUCAAAUUUAAGAAUUUCAAGUUAACAGGAAGUAUGCGCAAAGGUCUAAAAGUUGCACAUGCAAGUCAAUUUGACUUUCAUAUGAACUUUCAUGGGAAAGACUUUUUUGUUUAUGAAAUUUUGGACCAAAUGAAAUCUGACGAAAUUCCUCCUGGAAAGAUAAUUCUUCGAGCAAAACCAAACAAUGUUUGCACAGAACCAAAAUGUUUAAAAACAGUACAAAUCAAGCAAAAAAGUCAUGUGUGCCUUUGUGCAAAAUCGGUAUCAUUUAUAGCUGAGGAGAUGAUAGAUAGGGCAUUGCAAAAUCUCUAUACAGGAACAAGGUCACUUAUCGACCGCCUGCCGUUCCGCAUACAGCGUUCUCCAUUAGCUAACAUAGUUCUUUCUAUAGACACUCGAAGCGUCAUUGGCUUAGGUCUUUCAGAAAUACGAGUACAAUUAAUUCCCGCCAUUUUUUUACCAAUACAUGGAUGGUUUCAAUCAGUUCCCCUGUUCGCAACUGCAUAUUCAUCUACGCAACAAGAAUACAAAAGUAAAAGUGCUAGAGGACAGGAUCCCGUUCCGGUACCAUUAGGCAGAUCUGAUGUCAUCUGGAGUUUAGAUCUCAGCUCUUUUGAACAGUUGUAUUUGAAUGAAGUAAACAGGAAAAUGGAAGCUGCAGGAAUACACAGUUGUCACAAAACGUGCAUUAAAAUCCUCAAAGUACUUUUUACAGCAUUAUCUAGAAAGUCUCUAUUGGAUCGUGGCGAGUUGAACACUAAUAUGAUUGAGACUGUUGUGUAUUACUUAUUGCUGGAGUCAACACCGGACCAAUGGGCUUUCUCUUUAAUAUCUGACAGAAUCUCAGACGCGUAUUUAUAUUUAAAGAGUGCGCUUGAAUCGGGUAGGCUUCCGAACUUUUUCAUUAAUAACCCUCACUUGUUAAAACAAAUGCCAUUUUUGCGUUCUUUUCACUUUUUGUUGAGAGGCAAACAGAAUAAUCUUCUAUCAGACAUCAGAUUGGAAACAGUUGACAAGAAGCUAAACUUCAUGCAAGAAAGAAUACGUGAGAAUGGACUCGACGAUUGCUUCAAAGACUCUUAUUCUCCAGACACAUGGGAAUUCGAAUUCUUUGUGUAUAGUUAAAUUACCAAGAUAGAUUUAUGUUUAUUGCUGCGAUAGGGCUUAACAUUUCAGAUCUGACAUAUCUGUACCCAUUGAACUAGUUCAGUGAUCUUAGAUAGCUUUAAAAUUAGCUCGCUGUUUGGUUUUGGUCAUUAUUCUUGCUUUAAUUCAGACAAUGCACUAUUUGUUUCCAAGCUUUAACUAUAGGUGAGUGUGGGCAAGUCAUGUAUUUUCUUAAGGUUAAUUAACCCCUAAGCUUAAUGAUUUUUGGACUAAAAAAACAUAAAAGCUUGUGUUUUCAUCACUUAUUGGUAUUCACAUGACUUCAACAUGGUUUUGAAUCCAUGAAUCCAUGGACUAAUGAACAACUAUAGUUGAUGUAUUGAAUGACUGGGUGAACAUGACCAUUUGGCAGGAUUCAUCUAACCGUGUCCUCAUAUUUAUGAAUCAAUGAUAAUAUUAAGUUUUUUAAAAUCAUACAUAAAGUUUAAGCUUAUUUUAAAUACUUGCCACACAAAACUAUAUUAAAAUCAGUAAAACAGGUUAUUGUGUUGUAACACUGUCAUUUAUCCAACAUAUUUUAUUUAUACGUAGACGAUGAAGUGGUACUCGAAGCACUAGAUUUCGCAUUUUUUUCGCUCUAGAGUUUCACUAACUUUUGUUGAUACUGGAAUCUUGCUACAAUAUUUUUGACUUUUUAUUUUUGAAAAUAGUAUUCCGCAAACUAGUCCGAAAUUUAUUCAUAUACCAAAGAUAUAAUAGUGUCUCAAAAUAAGAAGCUAGUAGAUAUGUAUAUGUAGAAGCAAGAGCUUUUAACUAACUUUUUUUUCAACUUUUUGUAAUAUUUUUAAUAAUGUAGAAAGCUUUUUUGAGAACAACAGGAGUUGUUUUGAUAGUAACAGUUCAUUGGUUUUUUUUAUUUAUGAAUUUAAGAACAACAGGAGUUGUUUUGAUUGUUCAUCGUUUUUUAUUUAUUUAUUAUAAAUUUAAGAACAACAGGUCUGGAGUUGUUGUGAUUGUUUAUUGUUUUUUAUUUAUAAAGUUGAGAACAACAGGAGUUGUUUUGACUGUUCAAUGUUUUUCAUAUGUUGAUAUUUUAAUGAUUAAAGGUUGUUUUUGUUUA